UUUUCUUUUCUUUAUUUAUGUUCAUACAUUUUUGGUUGCCUGGCUUUUUGUUGUUGCGCCACAUUAACAAUAACAAUUAAAGAGCGACCCACCGCUCGCGAGUUGAAAAAAAGUGAAAUAUCGGGAUCGCGGAUUAAUGUGCUACAUGCAAAAUAAUUUGCAACAUUGCGUCGUCGUCGGGCGUCGAACAAAGCAGUUUUUGGAAAAGUGAAAACGGCGCCAUUUUAGAAGCAGGCAAGCCACGGCCAAAGGCGCAAGAAAAGUGCAAAUGCAAUGUGUGAACUAAUAGAUUGUCCAGACGCUAUAUUGAAACUAUAUUAAAGCGGCGAGUGAAGGUGCUAGCCAAGAGGACAAUCAAGCGUAAGUGUGCGGGGGGAAAAGUUUUUUUUGGACGACGUCGCCGCGGUUUGACCUACUUUAAAUGCGAUUAAGAGAGCCACCAAAACGCACUUGGCUAACAAAAAGGAAUAUCUUGCAGCUUCCCAGCGACAGCAAAAUAUGAGCAGUGGCCAAAAUGAGACGGGAGCAGCAAAGGUUCUGGAAACGCAACGAGCACAAGAGUCCGGCAGUGAAAAUGAGGAAACCGACUCCAUUACGGAUCAAUCGAGCCAGUCGAAGUCCACCAAAUCAGCCACCCAGUUCAGCGUGCAGCGUUCGGACACCGAUGGCCUGCGAAUGAGAAUCUCGGCCAUCCGCCCCCCAUCAGGAGUUCCCGCAACUAAAAAACCUCUAAAGCCCAGAAAAAUGUCCACUCAGGACACUGAGUCCGGUUGCUCGGAGGCCAGGAAUAGAGCAGUCAGCAAGAAAGUCAAGGUCAAGCGAAAGAAGCUGGCCAGCACCAGUGGGAUAAGCAAAUUGGAUAAAGUAUCAAAGUCUAAGAAGCCACAGAUCUCGGCGUUUUCCUCGGACUCCGAGGAUGAUCUGCCCCUAAAGAUUCACCAACAGAGGGCUCCGCGAUUGCUGCUAACAGCAAUCUCCCAAGCGGCUCAGUCUGCCAGUAAAAUCCCGCUGGACAUUGGAAUCUCCUCCAGUGACAAUGAGUUGCCCAGCCUCGUGCAAGCGGCCAUCAAGCGAGUAGAGAGCGAUACGGAAGACACCACUGUAGAGGGCAGCUUCCGCAAAGCUGCCAAGGACAAGAAUCUGCCCCAGUACCAAUCCACUUUGCUUCAGGACUUCAUGGAGAAGACUCAGAUGUUAGGACAAAGCGCCAGUUCGAAGCUUCCAGAAGAGAAAGUGGUUAAAGCUAAGGAGGACCCUCUUGUGCAAACCGCUAAUCCUCGAAAGCGGAGGGGCAGACCCAAAAAGGUGAUACCCACAGUUCCUGCCUCUGCAAACUCUGGACCUGCUAUAAACGAAUCCGCCGAUUCUGGUGUAAUUAGUACAACAAGCACUACACAAAGUACGACACCUUCGCCGAAAUUACAAAGUGAGAACAUUGUGCCCACGGGAGCAGUGCCGAUCGCAUCCAGCAGUAAGCCGAAGAUCGAUAUGGCAUAUCUGGACAAGCGCAUGUAUGCUACCGAGCGGGUGCUAUAUCCUCCGCCCAGGAGCAAGCGGCGCCAAAACAAUAAAAAGGCAGCCUCCAGCUCAUCCAACAAAGAGGAACUUCAGCUGGAUCCGCUUUGGCGGGAAAUCGAUGUGAAUAAAAAGUUCCGUCUGAGGAGCAUGAGUGUAGGCGCGGCUAGUGGAACUGGAGCUGGCACAACCAUUUGCAGCAAGGUCCUGGCUGCCAAGAGCGGCUACGUCUCGGAUUACGGAAGCGUAAGGCAUCAGAGAAGCACCCACAACCACAAUUCCGGGUAUAAGUCCGAUGCCAGCUGCAAGAGUCGAUACAGCACUAAGAGCUGUAUGAGUCGCAGAAGCAGGGCAAAGAGCUGUGGCUACCGCAGUGAUUGCAAAGAAUCGGGAAAGUCCGGACUACGCAUGAGGCGUAAACGCAGGGCUUCAAUGCUCUUAAAGGGCACUGCAGACGAUCCCGUGGAAGAUCAGGACAUCCUUCAGCUGGCGGGGUUAUCUCUAGGCCAAAGCAGCGAGGAGAGCAACGAAUACAUCAGCAAGCCGAGCCUCAAGAGUCUGCCCACAACGAGUGCCAGCAAGAAGUACGGCGAGAUCAACCGCUAUGUGACUACGGGUCAAUAUUUCGGUCGUGGCGGCAGUAGUUUGUCUGCCACCACCCCGGAAAACUUUAUCAGUAAGAUGAUGAAUCAGAGGAAAGAGACCCCGGCUCCCAGCAAAUCCUCCUGUAAGAUUAAAUCCCGACGCUCCUCGGCUGCCAGUAUGUGCAGCAGCUACGUAUCUGGGGUGUCUAGAAUGCGUCGCAGGCACCGUCGGAAGAGUUUUAGUCACAACAAGUCCUUAAACAUUGACUCUAAGCUGCUCACCGAAAUCGAGAUAAUAACGAGUACCUUUCACUCGAGAUGUCGCAUUCAGGACGAUCGCUUGACCGGAAGCAGCGGCAAGGAGAAACUUUUGGCAGACGCCAGCAAGUUACAGGCUACACUAGCUGCUCCAAGUCCUGCACAGCAGUUGGUUCUGAACGGUGGGGGGUCAGCUUCAACGCUCGCGAAACCGUUGAAAAGGGCCUUGAAGAAGCGAAAGCUCAGUGAGCCCCUGGUGGACUUCGCUAUGCUAUCGGCUAGCGCAAGUGGAACUCCCAAUGGAAGUGGAAGCAGCAAUGGGAAUGCCAAGCGGCGGCACAAGAAAUCCCAGAGCAAUGACAGCUCCAGUCCCGAUGAUCAUAAGUUGCCGCUAAAAAAGCGCCACUACCUUCUGACUCCGGGAGAGCGUCCUCCUGCGGAAGUCGCUUUCGCCAAUGGAAAACUGAAUGCAGAAGCCUGGGCAGCAGCGGCCGCAACCGCUAAAAGCACUGCGUCUACUAAAUCCCAGGCACAGUUUAACGCUAGAAGCGGAAAGUCGGCGCUUACGCCCAAAAAGAGACACCUCUUGGAGCAAACUUCGGCUCUAAGCGGAGCUGGUUCUUCAGCCAGCAAUUCUCCCUUGAGGAUUGUUGUGGAUAACAACUCAAUUAGUGGAGGAAAGCUAUUGGAUAUUAGCCCUAGCUCAUUGUGCUCCCUCAGACAGCAAAGGAGAGGAGGAUCAGCUAAACAAAAGGUGACGGUAACUAAGGAUUUGGCUCAGCUUAAAUCCCCAGCUGGUAGCUAUCCUCCCCCCGGGGUGUUUGAGCCAUCUGUGGAGCUGGAAAUCCAAAUACCUCUUGGUAAACUUAACGAAUCAGUCAUCACCAAAGCAGAGGUUGAGUCUCCGCUGCUCUCGGCACUAGACAUUAAGGAGGAUACCAAAAAGGAGAUUGGCCAGCGAGUUGUGGAAACCUUGUUGCAUAAAACGGGAGGCAAUCUCCUCCUGAAACGCAAGAGAAAAAAGAUCAAUCGAACAGGUUUCCCCACGGUGCGGAGGAAGAAGCGUAAGGUCAGCGUGGAACAGCAGCCAACAACGGUGAUGGACGAACACGAGCCGGAGAUUGACCCCGAUGAUGAGCCUCUGCAAUCUUUAAGGGAAACGAGGAGCAGCAGCAGUGCCCAGGUACAGGUACCAGGUAAUCCACAAAUAGAUUGUGAGCGAGUGCCCCAAGCAGGAGAAGCCCGGGAAAACUUUGUGGCCAGAAGCAAUCAGAGAGCUCCACGUUUAUCAGUGGUGGCCCUGGAGCGAUUACAACGACCACAGACACCCGCCAGAGGAAGACCCCGAGGUAGAAAGCCUAAAAACAAGGAUCAGCUAGCAGUUCCUCCCUUACCUCUACCCAAAGCAGAACCGGAUAUAAAGCCUGUCAGAAAACGUGGCCGACAGCCCAAACAACCUGUCUUAGAAGAGCCGCCUCCCACACCAACUUUACAACACAAAAAGAACAGACUGGAGCCAAAUAUUAAACUCCCAGCUGGUGUCGAUCCCAACACGAAUUUUAGCUGCAAGAUUCGCUUGAAACGACGAAAAAAUCUGGAAGCUGGAACCCAACAAAGUAAAAAGGAAAAGCCAUUUCAACAAGCGCCAAUGGAAGAGAUUCCUCUAGAAAUACCCGCUAGCCAAGAGGAAAUAGAUGCCGAAGCUGAAGCUAAAAGGCUAGACAAUAUCCCAAUCGAACAUGAUCCCUUACCUGCCAAUGAAUCCCAGAAUCCUGGUCCACCAGACUACGCCAGUUGCAGCGAGUCCAGUGAGGACAAAGCGUCAACCACCUCUUUGCGGAAACUGUCUAAAGUAAAAAAAACCUAUCUGGUGGCAGGACUCUUCUCUAAUCACUACAAACAAUCGCUAAUGCCGCCGCCAGCGAAGGUAAAUAAGAAACCAGCUUUGGAGGAGCAGCAAGCGGCUCCGGGGAGUCUUCUUCCGCCUCCGCCCUAUUGCGAAAAGUAUCUACGUAGGAGUGAAAUGGACUUUGAGCUACCCUACGACAUUUGGUGGGCUUACACCAACUCCAAGCUACCAAUUAGAAAUGUUGUGCCAUCCUGGAAUUAUCGAAAGAUUCGCACUAAUGUCUACGCCGAGUCAGUGCGCCCGAAUCUGGCUGGAUUCGAUCAUCCCACGUGCAACUGCAAGGAUCAGGGCGAGAAAGCUUGUUUGGACAAUUGUCUGAAUCGCAUGGUUUAUACGGAGUGCUCGCCCAGUAAUUGUCCAGCUGGAGAAAAGUGCCACAAUCAAAAAAUUCAAAGGCACUCUGUUGCUCCCGGUGUGGAGCGCUUCAUGACGACGGACAAAGGAUGGGGUGUAAGAACCAAACUACCAAUUUCCAAGGGAACCUACAUCCUGGAGUACGUGGGAGAGGUGGUCACCGAAAGGGAAUUCAAGCAGCGGAUGGCCAGUAUAUAUCUCAAUGAUACGCACCACUAUUGUCUACAUUUGGAUGGGGGAUUGGUUAUUGAUGGCCAGCGCAUGGGAAGCGAUUGUAGAUUUGUCAACCACUCUUGCGAACCCAAUUGCGAGAUGCAGAAAUGGAGCGUCAACGGAUUAUCUAGGAUGGUCCUUUUCGCCAAACGGGCCAUAGAGCAGGGCGAGGAGCUAACCUACGAUUACAACUUUUCGUUAUUUAAUCCCUCAGAGGGUCAACCCUGCAGAUGCAACACGCCUCAGUGCCGUGGUGUUAUCGGAGGAAAAUCGCAGAGGAUAAAACCACUUCCCGCGUUGGAGGCGAAGCCCGCACCGGAGGGAGUUCCAGGCCGAAAUGGUCGACAACGGAAACAGAAGGCCAAAAAGCACCCUCAACGGCAAGCGGGCAAGGACACUGCAUCAGCCGUGGCGGUGGCGAAGCUCCAGCCGCUGUCUGAAAAGGAAAAGAAACUGGUUAAACAAUUCAACACUUUCCUAGUAAGGAACUUCGAAAAGAUACGCAGAUGCAAAGCCAAGCAAGCGGCAGCCCUGGCAGCUAUUACCGCGACUUUCCCAGCACAGGGCACCUCCAAUGGGGUCAUUCCUGGCCGACGACCCUCCACGCCAUCGUCCACUUCGCUGGCAGCCCAGAUAUCUGCACUUUGCUCACCUCGGAACAUGAAAACCCGUGGUUUGGCCCAGGCAGUACACGAUCCCGAAUUGGAAAAAAUGGCCAAAAUGGCUGUUGUUUUAAGGGAUAUUUGCAGUUCUCUGGAGACUCUAAAAAUGUUUGACCUGUUAACGACAGUGUCCAGCAGGAAGAAAAAGGCUAUAAAGAAUUCAUUGGGUGGAAAAUCAGGAUCGACGGCUGGAACAUCUCGAGUGGAAUUUAGGUCGAUACAAACCCAAGUCGAACAGGGUCAUUACAAGACGCCGCAGGAGUAUGAUGACCACAUGCAGCAGCUCUUUAUGGAGGCCAAGCAGCAGCAUGGUGAUGACGAGGGCAAGGCCAAAGCACUACAAUCUCUUAAGGAAUCCUAUGAGCAACAGAAAGCGGCCAGCUUUGUUCAGCUGGUCGAGAUUCUCGGCGAUUCUGAGGCAUUGCAAAAUUUUAAACCAAAGGAUGUCCUUUCACCAGUGGAGGAAGUUGAAAAGAUUGCAUUGAAAAAAUCGCCGGGAGCAAAGGAAAGGGAAUCACCACCAGUGCCAUCGCAAACCACGCCUCCACUGCUUCCUAUUGAAGCAUCUCCUGAUGAGGAUGUAAUUCGUUGCAUUUGUGGAUUGUACAAAGAUGAGGGUUUGAUGAUUCAGUGUUCCAAGUGUAUGGUUUGGCAGCACACAGAGUGUACGAAAGCUGACAUCGACGCGGAUAACUACCAGUGCGAACGAUGCGAGCCAAGGGAAGUGGAUCGGGAGAUUCCCCUUGACGAAUUCACAGAGGAAGGCCACCGCUACUAUCUCUCCCUUAUGCGUGGCGAUUUGCAGGUGCGUCAGGGUGAUGCUGUCUAUGUGCUGCGGGAUAUCCCCAUUAAGGAUGAGGACGGCAAGAUAUUGCCAACAAAGAAGCACACUUACGAAACCAUCGGAGCCAUUGAUUACCAAGAGUGUGACAUCUUUCGUGUGGAACACUUAUGGAAAAACGAAAUGGGGAAACGUUUCAUAUUCGGCCACCAUUUCCUGCGCCCUCAUGAAACAUUCCAUGAGCCUUCGCGUCGGUUUUAUCCCAAUGAGGUGGUAAGAGUUUCACUGUAUGAAGUGGUGCCAAUUGAAUUGGUCAUUGGGCGCUGCUGGGUUUUGGAUCGUACCACUUUCUGUAAAGGACGUCCCAUGGAAUGCAACGACGAGGAUCAUUGCUUUAUCUGCGAGCUUCGUGUGGACAAAACGGCGAGGUUCUUCUCCAAGGCGAAGGCCAAUCAUCCGGCCUGUACCAAGAGCUACGCCUUCAGAAAGUUUCCAGAGAAGCUAAAGAUCUCCAAGAGCUAUGCACCUCAUGAUGUGGAUCCUUCGUUACUAAAAACGAGGAAGCAAAAGACUGAAUUAGAAGUAGGAGCCGUGUCAGCAACGAUACAAAAGACAACUGGCAGGCAGGAGCAGCCGCUGAAAACAGUUGGAAGAAAGCCGCGUGGAUAUAAUGCGGUCUCAGCGGAAGGCGCAGGAGUCCAUGUCGUGAAACCGAUUGCGCCCAAUAAACAGAUGCUUAAGAAAAGGCGAUCGCGUUUGGAGAACGUUCUGAUAACUAUGAAGCUUAAGUGUCUGGAUGCACAGACAGCUCAGGAGCAGCCCAUCGAUUUAUCAUAUUUGCUGUCCGGACGUGGCGCCCGGCAGCGGAAGACACAACAGUCCAGUAGCAGCUCCACGGCCAGUUCGACCUAACCGAUGUAGCCAGCGAAUAGGUUAAGCCGUGUAUAUACGCCUAAAGUUAGAGGCAUUGAUUAAUAUUUAUGCAACUUGAAUUAACAAUUAGCCUUUAGCCAUGUAAGAUGUAACGGUGAUAGUAGUAACUUUAGAUUGUACAUUGUUAUGAACAAAUUUCGUGAAAGGGCCUUCGGGCCAGGCUAAGAUGGAACAGAUUAUGAAUUAUGGUUAAUGUAAGGAUUUAUUUAAAUACUAGAUUUUACGCUACCACAAGAAGCCCCCCAUUUAGAUGAAUUUCUUUUGUUUUUAAUUGUUUAUCGCGUUUCCAUAUUGAUUUUGUUUUACGGAACUAUCCCCUCUUCGCUUUUACAAUAGAAGGCGUUUGAAUUUUGCAUUGUUAUUUUAAAUUAUUGUAUUAUGUUAUGGCUGCUUAACUACGUAACAACUGAGUAGGACAACUUAUUACGCUAUUAGUUUUUAAUUAUUUUCAAAUUGUUAUUAACUGCUAACACAAAUUUUAAAAGUGAAAUAAACAUAUAUUUUC